AUGUUGCGAUCUCUUGCUGUGGCUGCCCUCUUGGGCGCCGCUUCGGUCAGCGCUCAAACCGUCAAGUGCACCGCCAACAGCAAGUGUCCCAAGGAAUCUCCUUGCUGCUCCACCUAUGGUGAAUGCGGUGUUGGCGCAUACUGCCUCGGUGGUUGUGACCCUACCAUGUCCUUCUCCCUCGACUCUUGCGUUCCCGCCCCCGUCUGCGAGGACCGCACGAUGAAGAUGAACUCGCUUGAUCGCAUCACCGACAUCAGCAAGUACCUCGGUGACUCCUCCAAGAGCGACUGGGUUGCCCAGGGCGAGCCCGCAAUCUUCAAGGACAAUGUGCUCCUCACCAUGCCCAAGGACAGUGUCGGCACUCUCCUGUCCUCCACCGUCUACAUGUGGUACGGCAAUGUCAAGGCUCGCUUCAAGACCAGCCGCGGUCGUGGUGUCGUUACUGCCUUUAUCCUGUUCUCUGACGUAAAGGAUGAGAUCGACUACGAAUUUGUCGGUGUCGACCUCGAGACUGCCCAGACCAACUAUUACUUCCAGGGCAUUACCAACUACGAGAACUCGGAGAACAUCACCCUGUCUGACACCUUUGAGAACUUCCAUGAGUACGAGAUCCGCUGGACUCCCGAAAAGAUUGAGUGGUACAUCGAUGGCAAGCUCGGCCGCACCAAGGAGAAGAAGGAGACCUGGAACGCGACCUCGCAGAACUUUGAGUUCCCCCAGACUCCCUCCCGUGUGCAGCUCUCCCUCUGGCCUGGCGGCAAGGAGACGAACGCCGAGGGUACGAGGGCCUGGGCUGGUGGUACCAUUGACUGGGAGGCUCCCGAUAUCCAGAACAACGGAUACUUCUAUGCCACCUUCUCCGAUGUCGAGAUUGAGUGCUUCAACUCUCCCACCGCGCCCGGCACUAACAAGGGCAAGAGUUACUGGUACAACAAUGUUCGCGGCACCAACGACACCAUUGUCGAUGGUGACAAGGACCACAUCAUUGCUUCUCUCCAGGCUACCGGUACCGACAUGGACAAGGGCAAGAAGAAGGUGACCAAGCCCAAGGAGGAGGACAAGGACAAAGAUGAGGAUAAGGAUAAGGAUGAUGACAAGGAUAAGGAUAAAGACAAGGACAAGGACGAGGAUGACGACGACAACGAGCCUGCCACCAUUCCCGGUGGUAGCAGCGGAGCUCCUGCCAACGAGCACAGCGAGGACAAGGAUAGCUCCAAGGACUCUGGCUCUAGCUCUGGAUCUGGUUCCGGCUCCAGCUCUGGUGGUUCUGGCAGCAGCUCAGGCAGCGACUCGAGCGACGACUCGAGCAGCGACACGCCUGCUGACACCACCAACUGUGAUACGAGCAGCUUCAACCAGGAGUGUGGUAGCUCCAGCUCCAGCUCCAGCUCGGAAAGCUCUAGCUCCGACUCGGGCAAGGGCUCCAACGCUGGCUCGAGGAACGGUGCCAGCGCCUUCGCAAUCCUCAUUGCUGGCUGCGCUCUGUACUGGCUAUGA